UACGGAUGCUGAUAUCCAAUAUGUUGCUGCUGAAUCGGAUGAAGAUAGUUCGGAUAAAGAAAACUCUGAAUCUCAGGCACCUGGCUUAUUUGAUAAAUAUAAUAUAAAACAGCCAGAAAAAACAUUAUGCAUUACAC